AUGUCACACCUUACUGAACUUCAGCGCUCUGCUGUUCAGAAUGCACAAGCUCUCCUUGAAAGUGCUGGACUGUCACCUCGUGACUUGGAUUCAGUCUCACCAUCGCCAUCACCUUCACCUUCAACAGAUAUUCAUGUUGCUUCAAUGCCGCUUCAUCUCUGCACUGGGACUGCACCAGCUAUCCAACAUGCCCGAUUAAAUGCUGCUAUCAGCACAUACUAUAUCCCACCUCCUGCACCCCUUGCAUCAUACCCUUACCCCGACCUUACCCUUGUCAUCCUCGUCAUCCUCGCAUUCCCUUUCGCCCUCUACCUGUCGCUUCAGCAAAGCCAGUACAUUUGGCCGGAUCCUUUCGCUGACGAAGCAUACCCAUGCUCCGUUUCACCACCUGACUAA